AGUUUGUUUUACGACGUGCCGCAAAGCCCUUUGAGUAUGUAAAUAUAGAAAAUGUAGCGGUGAUAUAAUUUUUUAGGUCUAGUUUUAAGACCUAAAACUAGGAUACGAGAGUGCCUUUGUUUAACCGAGUUGUGUAUGACAAGCCAUCUGUUGUGAAAAAUUGUUUUACAACUGUUUAAAGAAAUGUAUUGAUUUAGCAGGACUAAGGCCAGGGAACUCUUCUGUUAAAAUGUCUGUAGCUAAACGUCUGCAUCAGAAACACGAAUUCUCGGGAUUUAAAAAAACUGUGCUGGUAACUGGAGGAGCGGGUUUUAUUGCAUCACACGUAGUUAUCUCCCUUGUUGAAAAAUACAACGAUUGGCUAAUCAUCAACUUAGACAAGCUAGAUUACUGUGCAAGCUUAAAGAACCUUACUUGUGUGGAGCAGAGACCAAAUUACAGAUUCAUCCAGAGUGACAUUUGCGAUUCAUACUUGAUAAACCGCUUGUUUGAGACAGAAAAGAUUGAUAUUGUCCUUCAUUUUGCAGCCCAAACACAUGUGGAUCAUUCAUUUUGGCUUUCCUCUAAAUUUUCACGUGUAAACGUUUAUGGUACUUACGUGCUUGUGAAUGCUGCACGUGAAGCUGGAGUUGAGAAAUUUAUCUACGCCAGCACGGAUGAAGUUUAUGGAGACAGCCUUGAUGAGGAGUUCGAUGAGUCAUCCCCAAGAAGACCAACAAAUCCGUAUGCAGCAACAAAGGCAGCAGCUGAACAAAUAGCAUUGUCACACUGGAAAAAAUACAAGUUCCCAGUUAUAGUUACCCGGUGCAGUAAUGUUUAUGGACCUCAUCAGUAUCCAGAAAAGGUCAUUCCAAGAUUUAUAUCCCUUCUGCAAAGCGACAGAAAAUGCUUUGUCCAUGGCUCGGGUCGACAAGCACGCAACUUUCUGUAUUCUGCUGACGUCACUGAGGCGUUUCUGACGGUUUUGGAGAAGGGGGAUCCUGGGGAGAUUUACAACAUAGGGACCAAAUUUGAGGUGUCAGUUAUCCAGCUCGCCAGAGAAUUGAUUAGUCUGGUAAAAAACAUCUCUAAAGAUUCAGAAAUUGAUGACUGGCUCGAUUUUGUGAGUGACAGGCCUUAUAAUGACUUGAGAUACCCAAUGAAUUCAGAGAAGCUGGAAAGGCUUGGUUGGAGACCAAAGGUUUCCUGGCAGGAGGGGAUAAAAAAAACAAUUGACUGGUACAGCAAGAACCUUCACAACUGGCCAAAUUCAGAAAACGCUCUGGAGCAUUUCCCACCGCUUUGUAUUAAAAGCUAAAAUAUCAAGAUGGAUUCAGAGAAAAAUCUGAAAAGUCUUUAACAUGAGAUCUGAAGCUAGACCUUGACAUUGUAACAUUUGUGUAACAUUUUGAUGAUCUUUUGUAUGGCAUUUAAAGUUAAAGAACAAACAUCUUAUAGAUUAUCAGUUUUAUAUUUGUAUUUAUUACAUACUAUAUAUUGUACAUACAAAUGUUUUCUUAUACAGAGAUCUAUAUUAAGAUAUUUAUGUGCUGUACUGUGCUACAGCUUGAGCAACUAUUAUGGGAGUUUUUAGAUUGACUGUAUCCAUGUAAUUAUGUAUAAAUGGUCAAAGAUAGUCAUAUUCUGUAAUAAGUCUACAUCUUUGUACUGUAUAUUGAAAGUUAAUUUUUGAAUACAUUAUGCUGUUAUUUUGUUUGUUGCUCAGUUUUCUAAGCUCCUUCUGUAGUUUUUCUACUGAUUUGACUCGUUCAAGUGUUUGCUUGUAGCAUCAUGUUAUGAUCCAUUAUUUUUCCUAUCCUUGAUUCUAAUCUUAUUUGUAUGUGAACUACAGUUUUCUUAGAUCAUCUCCAUGUUUUCUGAGAAAGACGUUCACUUAACUGUACUGCGCUAACUGUAAACAUUCUUAAAUCAAUCUAUUUUUAUGAGUAAAAGUGUUAUUUUGCAUCUUC